AUGGCUCCAAACAUCGGCCUAGGCAGUGAAGCCUCAAUCGAGCGCGGAUGGGGUCUCUGGCUCACCAGUGUGCUAUCUGUCAUCAUCGCCGGUCUGUUCGUUGGCGCACGUCUUGCGCAGCGAUUCAUCAAGAGUAGUGGCCUGGGAAUGGACGACUACAUGAUUGUAGCGGCCUUGCUUUCAUCGGUUCUGCUCUCUAUAACCGAGUGUCAAGCUGUGGUAUAUGGCUAUGGAAGACACUGGAAAGACUUACCUACUGAUUCUCGCAUCAUUGCUCGCAAAUGGUUCUACGGGGCGAAUAUUGUCUACAAAGUAGUCCUAAUGUUUAAUAAGAUUUCCGUAGUUUGUCUCUACUACCGGAUCUUCGCCAUCACCACAAAGUCUUUCCGUGUUGCUUGUCACAUUAUGAACGCCUGGGUUAUCAUUACUGGUUUUGCGUUUACUAUCGCGACGGUCUUCCAAUGUACGCCAAUCGCCGCAUUCUGGGACAAAACGAUACCUGGAGCAAGGUGUUUCAAGAACGAACCCUGGUGGAUUUCCUAUGCCACUGUUCAAAUCACGACCGACUUCAUGCUCCUUGCAAUGCCUUUCCGACGAAUUGUAGGACUCUCCAUGGGACGAGCCGAGAAGUUGGGCGUAGCACUCGUGUUCGGUACUGGUGGCUUUGUCACUUUUGCGUCUAUAUAUCGUGCAACUACAAUCGCUAGAUCUGCAAACGAUCCAGAUCCGACCUGGGGUCCUGUUCCUGCUACGAUAUGGUCAGUAAUAGAAGCAAACGCUGGUAUCAUAUGUGCCUGUCUUCCUAUGCUCCGCGCUCCAUUCGUCCGUCUCUUCGGGCCACUCUUUGGCUCAGACAUAGGCACCAAGGCCAGCUCAAAGCGUCGAUCAUACCCCAUGGACAACUCAAAGCGCCAGUCGUACCCCAUGGACUGGAAGAGCAACUACGGACCGGCUGGGAACGGUAACAAGAGCAACAUAUCUGGCAAAAGUGCAUCUGAGCGGGAAAGCGAAGAUGAUGCACUGCCACCGAGUAGGCCGAGUGAGCUUGGCCGCCGUGGCAGUGGUAUCUUCGUCACGAAUGAGUUCAGCAUUGAGUGCAACGAGUUACAAAAGCAAGAGACAGACACACGAUCAUGCGAGCAGGAUGGCGACACCAAUACUGCGGCGAGCGUCAACGAGGAUAAGCCGGGGGGCAAGAGCCCCUACUACCACGUUUGA